AUGUCGGUGGUGUUCGUGCCGUUGCGCAUGCGGGGCAAGGCGGAGGUCAACCAGGAGACUCAGCGGCUGCUGGAAGAAAAUGACCAGCUGAUCCAGUGUAUUGUGGAAUACCAUAAUAAAGGCAGAGCUGUGGAAUGCAUGCAGCACCAGCACACACUGCACAGGAAUCUCAUCUACUUAGCUACGAUCGCGAUCGCUGACGCGGCCGCUUCCCUGACCACAGAGAAAACUGCUGUAGACUAAUUUGGCGCUCUUGGCAACAUGAGUGUCUCUUUGAAAGGGGCCAGGAGUCCCUGUGGAGAGCUUCCGGGCUGCUAAAAGUGCCUUGGACAGAAAACCCGGCAAAUGGUGCUCUUUUUAAAGAGAUGAGGUUUCCCUUCUUCCUUGGAUCAGCUAGUAAAUAGCCAUUUAGCAACACCUCUGAUGUGAAAAUAACAACAAAAACCCCGCUUAUGUCAUUGUAUUACUGCACUCUAAGUGAUACUUACGAGGUAGAGGGGUUUGUGUCGUAAUAAGGUAACUGUGAAGCUGUUUGAAAAGAUGAUACUGUCUGAAAUUCAGCUCAAAGGCUGCUUCACCAGAGACACUAAGAGGAGAAGAAAUUAUACCAGACUGGUUAAGUGCAGUGACUUGUUGAUACUUUCAACAGAACUUGGACACCUUUAGUUUACUCUGCAUGAUUCUAAUACAAUGUCU